CAUUUCGCUGGGCUGCGCUGCCGCUCGGCUCCACUCUGACCUUUACUCUUCACAACAAAUGGGAACGCCUUGACUGGACCGAACCCGGCCGGACCCGUAGGACUCAGAAGAACACUGCCCACAGCUCCGCUCCUCGUCUCGGUGCCGAAAAUAAAGCGGUAAAAGACUUCAUGUCCCACAAUCCCCUGUGAGAGCAAGUGACCCUGUCUGUUCUGCUACCCUCCUUCCAUCCAGUUGAUUGGAUGAGUCCCAAACAGCGACACAGUUGUGAGCAGUGAUUGGGUGCUGAGCCAGGCUACAGCCACUAUGGCGGAUGUGGACCCGGACACCCUGCUGGAGUGGCUCCAGAUGGGUCAGGGCGAUGAGCGGGACAUGCAGCUCAUUGCUCUGGAGCAGCUCUGCAUGCUGCUGCUCAUGUCGGACAACGUCGACCGCUGCUUUGAGACGUGCCCCCCUCGAACGUUCCUCCCAGCCCUCUGUAAGAUCUUCCUGGAUGAGAGUGCCCCAGACAACGUGCUGGAGGUUACGGCCCGAGCCAUUACCUACUACCUGGACGUGUCGGCAGAGUGCACCCGGAGGAUUGUGGGAGUGGACGGAGCCAUUAAGGCGCUGUGUAACCGGCUGGUGGUGGUGGAGCUGAACAACAGAACCAGCAGAGACCUGGCUGAGCAGUGCGUCAAGGUGCUGGAGCUGAUCUGCACCAGGGAGUCUGGUGCUGUGUUCGAGGCCGGUGGUCUGAACUGCGUUCUGAGCUUCAUCAGAGACAGCGGACACCUGGUCCACAAGGACACGCUGCACUCGGCCAUGGCGGUGGUGUCCCGGCUUUGCAGUAAGAUGGAGCCUCAGGACUCCUCUCUGGAGACCUGUGUGGAGUCUCUGUCCAGCCUUCUCAAACACGAAGACCACCAGGUUUCAGAUGGUGCUCUGCGCUGCUUCGCCUCAUUGGCUGAUAGGUUCACCCGCCGUGGCGUGGACCCUGCGCCUUUAGCCAAACACGGCCUGACAGAGGAGCUGCUGUCUCGCAUGGCGGCUGCUGGCGGCACGGUGUCGGGCCCUGCCUCAUCCUGUAAACCAGGCCGGACUUCCACCGGUGCCGCCCCCUCAGGCCCCGAUUCAAAACUGAGCAACCAGGUGUCCACCAUCGUCAGCUUGCUGUCCACUCUGUGCAGAGGGUCUCCACUUGUAACACACGACCUGUUGCGUUCGGCGUUGCCCGACUCGAUGGAAUCUGCUCUGGGAGGAGACGAGCGCUGCGUGCUGGACACCAUGCGGCUAGUGGACCUUCUUCUGGUUCUACUGUUUGAGGGGCGGAAGGCUCUGCCCAAGUCCACAGCGGGAUCAACGAGCCGCAUCCCUGGCCUGCGACGCCUGGACAGUUCAGGAGAAAGAUCCCACCGACAGCUCAUCGACUGUAUCCGCAGCAAAGACACAGACGCACUGAUUGAUGCCAUCGACACUGGGGCUUUCGAGGUGAACUUCAUGGAUGAUGUAGGACAGACACUGCUCAACUGGGCAUCGGCUUUCGGCACACAGGAAAUGGUAGAGUUUCUUUGUGAAAGGGGAGCCGAUGUCAACAGGGGUCAGAGGUCAUCUUCACUACACUAUGCGGCCUGUUUUGGACGUCCACAAGUUGCCAAGACUCUGCUUCGUCACGGAGCCAACCCUGACCUGAGGGAUGAGGAUGGAAAGACUCCCCUGGAUAAGGCCAGAGAAAGGGGACAUAGUGAGGUGGUGGCCAUACUGCAGUCUCCUGGAGACUGGAUGUGUCCAGUUAAUAAGGGUGACGAGAAGAAGAAGAAGGAUGUGAAGGAGGAGGAAGAAGGUAGCGAACCCAAAGGAGACCCAGAAAUGGCUCCAAUCUACCUGAAGAGGCUGCUGCCUGUUUUUGCACAAACCUUUCAGCAUACCAUGCUGCCUUCUAUCAGGAAAGCCAGCCUGGCCCUGAUCAGGAAGAUGGUUCACUACAGCAGUGAGGUGCUGCUGAAGGAGGUGUGUGACAGUGAAACUGGACACAACCUCCCCACUGUCCUGGUGGAAAUCACUGCUACCGUCCUCGACCAGGAGGAUGAUGACGAUGGUCACCUACUGGCUCUGCAAAUCAUCAGAGACCUGGUGGAUAAAGGUGGAGAUGUUUUCCUCGACCAGCUGGCUCGCCUAGGAGUCAUUAACAAGGUGUCCACUCUGGCCGGACCGGCGUCAGAUGACGAGAAUGAAGACGAAGCCAAACCUGAAAAGGAAGAGGAGGUGCAGGAGGAUGCAAGGGAGAUUCAGCAGGGGAAGCCUUACCACUGGAGGGACUGGUCCAUCAUCCGAGGGAGGGACUGCCUCUACAUCUGGUCGGAUGCUGCUGCCCUGGAGCUCUCAAAUGGCUCCAACGGCUGGUUCAGGUUCAUCCUGGAUGGAAAACUGGCCACCAUGUACUCGAGCGGGAGUCCAGAGGGAGGCUCGGACAGCUCUGAGUCUCGCAGCGAAUUUCUGGAGAAGCUGCAGCGGGCGAGGAGUCAGGUGAAACCAGUAACGGCCAGUCAGCCCAUCCUGUCCAGUGUUGGCCCCACUAAGCUGACCGUGGGGAACUGGUCCCUGACUUGCUUGAAGGAAGGAGAGAUUGCCAUCCACAACUCAGACGGGCAGCAGGCCACUAUCCUAAAGGAGGACCUGCCGGGCUUCGUAUUUGAGUCCAACAGAGGAACCAAACACUCCUUCACUGCAGAGACGUCACUGGGUUCAGAGUUUGUGACGGGCUGGUCAGGAAAGCGAGGCAGGAAGCUGAAAUCAAAGCUGGAAAAGACAAAACAGAAGGUGAAGAGCAUGGCGAGGGAGCUGUAUGACGACCACUUUAAAGCUGUAGAGAGCAUGCCCAGAGGAGUGGUGGUGACCCUGAGGAACAUCUCCACACAGCUGGAGUCUGCCUGGGAGCUGCACACCAACAGACAAUGUAUUGAAGGAGAGAACACAUGGCGAGACCUCAUGAAGACAGCCCUGGAGAACCUGAUCGUAGUUUUGAAGGAUGAGAACACGAUCUCUCCGUAUGAGAUGUGUAGCAGUGGACUGGUCCAGGCACUGUUCACUGUGCUUAACAAUAGUGUGGAGCUGGACCUGAAACAUGAUUGUAAGCCUUUAAUGGAGAGAAUCAAUGUCUUUAAGGCGGCUUUCAGCGAGAACGAAGACAAUGAGAGCCGACCAGCUGUUGCCUUAAUACGUAAACUGAUCGCUGUCCUGGAGUCUAUAGAGCGUCUACCUCUGCACCUGUAUGACACUCCAGGAUCCUCAUAUAACCUGCAGAUCUUGACAAGGAGGUUGCGUUUCCGUCUGGAGCGAGCGCCAGGUGAGACGGCUCUGAUCGACCGGACGGGCCGCAUGUUGAAGAUGGAGCCACUGGCGACCGUGGAGUCUCUGGAGCAAUAUCUGCUGAAGAUGGUGGCGAAGCAAUGGUACGACUUUGAACGCUCAUCCUUCGUAUUUGUGAGGAAGCUGAGAGAAGGUCAGACGUUUUCCUUCAGACAUCAACACGACUUUGAUGAGAAUGGUAUCAUCUACUGGGUCGGAACCAAUGCCAAGACUGCCUACGAGUGGGUGAACCCAGCUGCCUAUGGCCUGGUGGUGGUGACCUCGUCCGAGGGACGUAACCUGCCCUACGGCCGCCUGGAAGACGUCCUGAGUCGGGACAGCUCUGCGCUGAACUGCCACACCAACGAUGACAAGAACGCCUGGUUUGCCGUUGACCUGGGGCUGUGGGUCAUCCCCUCAGCAUACACCCUGAGACACGCCAGGGGUUACGGACGCUCUGCGCUGAGGAACUGGGUGUUUCAGGUGUCGAAGGAUGGUCAGAACUGGACCACACUCUAUACCCAUGUCGACGACUGCAGCCUCAAUGAACCAGGGUCGACCGCCACGUGGCCCCUGGACCCUUCCAAAGAGGAGAAGCAGGGCUGGAGGCACAUCCGGGUCAAGCAGAUGGGGAAGAAUGCCAGUGGCCAGACUCACUACUUGUCUCUGUCUGGACUCGAGCUGUACGGCACCGUCUCUGCAGUCUGCGAGGACCAGCUCGGUAAAGCUGUCAAGGAGGCAGAGGCAAACCUGCGCCGCCAGCGCCGCCUGUUCCGUUCCCAGGUGAUGAAGUACAUCGUCCCAGGAGCACGAGUCGUUCGUGGCAUUGACUGGAAGUGGAGAGACCAAGAUGGGAACCCAGCUGGAGAGGGAACAGUCACUGGCGAGGCCCACAACGGCUGGAUUGAUGUAACCUGGGAUGCUGGCGGCUCUAACUCUUACCGUAUGGGCGCUGAAGGGAAGUUUGACCUCAAGCUUGCUCCAGGGUACGACCCUGAGUCGGCUGCCACAGCGCCGUCACCCAAACCUAUCUCAUCCACUGUUUCAGGCCCCGCCUCCUCCUUGGUGGGACCCUCCAUGACGCCCGUGGCCAGCAGCGGCACCACCACCACCACCACGUCCUCAUCCACUUCGUCAUUUCAGCAGCAGUCGUGGAGCAGCUUGGUGAAAAAUAACUGCCCUGACAAAGGUGGGGCAACAUCACUGGGCAGGGCCAGCUCCUCCAGCAGGAAGGGCAGCAGCAGCUCCGUUUGCAGCGUGGCCUCCUCUUCGGACAUCAGUCUGAGCUCCUCCAUUGGACUGGCUGGUGCGGCGGGUCUACGGCUGGAGAGGCGGGCUGAGGGGCUGCUGCUCGACCAUAGCUCUGUGGCGGGAGUAGUAACUGGAAACGGGAUCUCUGACGGACACCAGCAGGAACCAAUCGUUGUUCUGUCCUCCUCGGUGGAGGCCGGAUCCGGUUCUGCGUCCAGUUCAGGCACGCUCACUGCAGAUACACCGGUGCCAGGAGAGGAAGCCCGGAACAAGGACCCGACCGCAGGGCCCACUGACCCGGCCACCGCCAUCUCUAUGGGACUGGUGAGCGUGAGCUCCCCGGACGUCAGCUCUGUGUCGGAGUCAUCCAGCAAGGACACGCCUUCCCAGAGGCCUCUGUGCUCAGCAGCCAACGCCCGGUUGUCUGUGAGCUCCUUGCUGGCUGCAGGGGCUCCCAUGAGCUCCAGUGCCAGCGUGCCCAACCUGUCCUCGCGAGAGGCCAGCCUCAUGGAGUCCUUCGUCCGCCGCGCGCCCAACAUGUCACGCACAAACGCCACCAACAACAUGAACCUGAGCCGCAGCAGCAGCGACAACAACACCAACACGCUGGGCAGGAAUGUCAUGAGCACUGCCACUUCUCCUCUCAUGGGUGCUCAGAGCUUUCCUAACCUCACCACCACUGGCACCACCUCCACCGUUACCAUGUCAACUUCCAUAGUAACCAGCAGCAAUAACGUAGCCACGGCCACCACGGGUCUGUCGGUGGGCCAGUUGCUAAGCAACACCUUGACAACCAGUCUGACAUCCACAUCGAGCGAGAGCGACACAGGGCAGGAGGCUGAGUUCUCUCUCUAUGACUUCCUGGACAGUUGUCGUGCCAACACAUUACUGGCUGAGUUGGAUGAUGAGGAGGACCUGCCAGAGCCUGAUGAUGAUGACGAUGAGAAUGAAGAUGACAAUCAGGAAGACCAGGAGUACGAAGAGGUCCUGGAGGAAGAGGAGUACGAGACCAAAGGAGGUCGCAGGAGGACCUGGGACGACGACUUUGUCCUAAAGAGACAGUUCUCUGCUCUGGUGCCUGCCUUUGACCCACGACCAGGAAGAACCAACGUCCAGCAAACCACAGACCUCGAGAUUCCAACACCAGGAACUCCGCGUUCUGAGGUUCAGGAGGAGGUGGAGUGUGCUCCAUCCCCCCACCUUUGUCUAACACUGAAGGUGGCAGGUCUGGGUACGACGCGGGAGGUGGAACUUCCUCUGUCGAACUACAAGUCCACAAUCUUCUUUUACGUCCAGCGGCUGCUGCAGCUCUCCUGCAACGGGGCCGUGAAGACAGACAAACUGCGGCGCAUUUGGGAGCCAACGUAUACGAUAAUGUACAGAGAGCUGAAGGAUGCUGACAAGGAGAAGGAGAGCGCGAAGAUGGACUUCUGUGAGCACGGAGUCGGUGGCCGUUCGGGGGGUGUCAGCCCAAGCUCUGUUUCAGCCAAUCAGAGCAGUGAGAUUCUGGGUGUGGUGAGGGAGGCAGCACAGGCCAAGGCAGGCUGCAGCCAGAACGCCUGCGGGGUGGAGGACGUCCUGCAGCUGCUCCGAAUCCUCUACAUUAUUGGAGGAGACUCAGCCUCAAACGCAAGGACUUUGCAGGAGGAUGUAGACGAGCUGCAGUUUAAUGCCUCUCCAGAAGAAUUUACAAGCAAGAAGAUCACCACCAAGAUCCUGCAGCAGAUUGAGGAACCUCUGGCUCUGGCCAGCGCAGCGCUGCCUGACUGGUGUGAACAGCUCACCUCCAAGUGUCCUUUCCUCAUCCCUUUUGAAACACGACAGCUUUACUUCACCUGCACUGCUUUUGGAGCAUCACGGGCGAUCGUGUGGCUGCAGAACCGGAGGGAAGCCACCAUGGAGCGGUCUCGACCGUCCACCACGGUACGACGGGAUGAUCCUGGAGAGUUCAGGGUGGGGCGACUCAAACACGAGCGAGUCAAAGUGCCCAGAGGCGAGGCCAUGAUGGAGUGGGCCGAGUCUGUCAUGCAGAUUCAUGCUGACAGGAAGUCUGUGCUGGAGGUGGAGUUCCAGGGUGAGGAGGGAACCGGUCUCGGCCCAACUCUGGAGUUUUAUGCUCUGGUAGCGGCAGAGUUUCAGAGAACAUCACUGGGGAUCUGGUUGUGUGACGACGACUUUCCUGACGAUGAGUCACGACAGGUGGACUUGGGUGGUGGUCUAAAGCCUCCUGGUUUCUACGUGCAGCGCUCCUGCGGCCUAUUCCCGGCUCCGUACCCUCAGGACAGCGAGGAGCUGGAGCGAAUCACCAAGCUCUUCCAUUUCUUGGGUGUCUUCUUGGCCAAGUGCAUCCAGGACAACCGGCUGGUGGACCUCCCCAUCUCUCAGCCCUUCUUCAAGCUGCUCUGCAUGGGAGACAUCAAGUCCAACAUGAGCAAGCUUCUGUACCAGUCUCGCAGCUCACCACAAGGUCACGACCCUGAGCGUCCCCACCUGCAGCCGUUCCUGUUGCUAUCUGAGCUGCAGUCAGAGGCAUCGACCGAGGAGAGUCAAGAGACCUACUCUGUGGGCAGCUUUGAUGAGGACUCGAAAUCCGAGUUCAUUAUGGACCCACCAAAGCCCAAACCUCCGGCCUGGUACCACGGCAUCCUGACGUGGGAAGACUUUCAGCUGGUCAACCCUCACAGGGCAAGUUUCUUGAAGGAGGUGAAGGAGCUGGCUGUGAAGAGGAGGCAGAUUCUGGCCAGUAAGAGUUUGUCUGAGGAUGAGAAGAACACCCGACUGCAGGGCCUGAUGUUGAGGAACCCUCUGGGCUCUGGCCCCCCCCUCAGCAUUGAGGAUCUUGGAUUAAACUUUCAGUUCUGUCCGUCAUCAAAGGUUCAUGGCUUCUUGGCUGUGGACUUGAAACCAAACGGGGACGAUGAGAUGGUGACCAUGGAGAAUGCAGAGGAGUAUGUGGAGUUGAUGUUUGACUUCUGUAUGCACACCGGCAUCCAGAAACAGAUGGAGGCCUUCAGAGAGGGUUUUAACAGAGUGUUUCCGAUGGAGAAGCUGAGCUCCUUCAGCCAUAGGGAGGUUCAAAUGAUCCUUUGUGGGAACCAGUCUCCUUCCUGGACUGCAGAGGACAUCAUUAACUACACUGAACCAAAGCUGGGUUACACCAGAGACAGUCCGGGUUUCCUGCGCUUCGUCAGAGUCUUGUGUGGGAUGUCGUCUGAUGAGCGGAAAGCUUUUCUGCAGUUCACCACUGGCUGCUCCACGCUGCCCCCUGGUGGUCUGGCCAACCUGCACCCCCGCCUCACCAUCGUCAGGAAGGUCGAUGCCACAGACUCCAGUUACCCAUCGGUCAACACAUGUGUUCACUACCUGAAGCUUCCUGAGUAUUCGUCCGAGGACAUCAUGAGGGAGCGUCUGCUGGCUGCCACCAUGGAGAAAGGCUUCCACCUCAACUGAGCUCCACCCCACACUGAGCAUGCUCCUCUAGGCUUGUAUCUGUCUCCGCCCCGUGACUGACAGACCCGCCAGCCGGCUGACUGCUGGAGGAGGAAGAUUGUUACAGAAUAGAGUGGGAGAAAGGCUCCUUUUACUCAUCUCUAUCAGCAGCAUCCUCCUCCUCAUCCACCUGAGCUGGUGCUGCUGUGUGUGUGUGCGCGUGUGUGUGUGCGCGUGUGUGCGCGCGUGUGAGAAACCUUCCUCCGCCCGUCUGUUUCACUCGGCUUUGGUUUUCAGUUCAUCCUUUUGGUCGUGCUCCUCCGUCUCCUUGUUUUAUUGCUUUUUGUUUGUGCGUGUGUGCAAGACUGUUUUCAGGUUGUUUCUGAUUGGCUCUAAAGGUCAGAGUGUGUUUGGCGUUCUUUUACAAUGAAGCUAUAGAGACAGUAACACUGGUUCUGUGCGAGGCACAUCUAAAGAGAAAAGGAAAAAAGUAAAGCUCUGCUCUCCCUGUAUUUUCUUUGUAUAUUAUAAACAUUUAUUUAACUCAAGUUGCAGUUUGAGGUAAACAGAUAUUUUGAAAUGUGUAUGCUCCAAAAAAUAAUCAUUAAAAUGUUUGCAAAGUAUAAAA